GGCGCAUUAGGUCUUCCACUUGGCUUACUUAUGUUUUCAAUACCUAGCAAGUCUGACCGUGCCUUUUUCCGCUUAGGAAUCCAAGAUGGCUCGUGGUCCGAAGAAACAUCUCAAGCGUCUUAACGCGCCAAAAGCAUGGAUGCUGGAUAAAUUGGGUGGUGUUUACGCCCCCAGGCCAUCCACUGGUCCUCAUAAACUGAGGGAGUCGCUUCCGUUGGUCAUUUUCCUUCGUAAUAGGUUGAAGUAUGCCUUGACCAAUUGUGAGGUUACCAAGAUCUUGAUGCAGCGCUUGAUUAAGGUCGACGGAAAAAUCCGUACCGACCCCAAUUAUCCUGCUGGUUUCAUGGAUGUUAUUACAAUUGAGAAGACUGGUGAAUUCUUUCGGUUGAUCUACGAUGUAAAAGGUCGCUUCACCAUCCAUCGUAUCACCGCAGAAGAAGCAAAGUAUAAGUUGUGCAAAGUCAGGCGUGUGCAGACUGGUCCUAAAGGCAUUCCUUUCUUGGUAACGCACGAUGGCAGGACUAUUCGCUAUCCCGACCCUCUCAUAAAAGUCAAUGAUACUAUCCACUUGGAUAUUGCCACUGGCAAAAUCCUGGAUUCCAUCAGAUUUGAUUCCGGCAAUUUGUGCAUGAUUACCUGCGGGAGGAAUUUGGGUCGUGUUGGUACUGUCGUCAGUCGUGAACGUCAUCCUGGCUCUUUCGACAUUUGUCACGUAAAGGAUGCUCAAGGACAUACCUUCGCCACGAGGUUGAACAACGUCUUCAUCAUCGGUAAAGGUACGAAGGCUUACGUGAGUUUACCAAGGGAUAAGGGUGUGAAGCUGUCUAUUGCUGAAGAGCGCGAUAGAAGACUGGCAGCGAAAGGAGUGAAUUAAUGUAUAUACAUUUCCAAGAAAAGAUGCAAUAAAUCGAGAUUGCACAGUAAUGUUUACUGACA